GGUUAAUUUUAGUUCUAAAGACAAAGACGAUUCUGUAAUGCAAUAAGCAAAUCAGAGAUUUAUCUACAAGAUAAUGUGAAUUAUCUGUAUGAUUACUCUUUGGCAUGUAUUCUCGCCCGAAAAAGUGUUGGAGGGAAGUUUGAAGUGUUAUAAACUUCGUCAUUCUAAUUCAGCUGUUCUUUCAGUUGUACAGGCUGUAUAAACUGAAGAGAAACCCUAAAUGUGCUUUAAAUCGUUCUCUCUAAUCGAAGAAGAUGGACUGGAUCCACUGCAAUUCUUGUUAUACACAGCCGUCAGAAAUUCGUGAAAGAAAAUUCUUACUAACUAGCUGUGGUCAUAUCUAUUGCAGCGAGUGCUUAAAAUCGACAAUUUUGCAACAGAAGUGUGGUGUAUGUGGCAAUCAGUACACAACAACUCAGUUAACAUCGAAAAUGAGACCAGAUGUGCAAGAAUAUUUCACUUCACCAGAUGAAUUUCUAAAUAAACUGAUUCAAAUACUUGCAUUUCAAAAUGGGCACCGUAUGCGCAUGAUUGCUCAUCUUAAAGCUCUGGAUCAUAAGUAUAAAACAGCAAAACAAGAAAUCAAACGACUGCAUGAUAUCAUAAGAUCAUUCCAGAAAAAGCUGAAUAAUAGGGAAGAACAGAUUGAGCAGCUGAAACAUGGAAGCCCUACAUCUCCUAUUCAUUCCACAUCCCAGUCUUCACUUUCUGCAACUACUCCACAGCAAAGAUAUUCUCAGCCAGUACAGGCAUCACAGCUACAGAGAACCCUCAUGACAACCAACAGGAUUUCUCUUCCACGAAAUUUGUCUCCAAACACGCCAUUGCCUGAGUUUUCGCCUUAUAGAAUUGGUACACUUACAACAUCCACGCCAGUCAGCAGAAUCAACUGUGGUUCUGCAACCAGGAACUCAGAUCAUGGACCUGGAGAUUUUAAAUCCCCUGUGUCACCUGUUUCUCCUUCAGAUGUUUCUACACAAUACAGAAAACCAGGACAUUAUUCAUCUCAGUCAACGACUCCUGGAACACCAAAAACUCCAUCCACUCCAGGAUAUUCCCCACAUCUGCCUGAGCCUGCUAAUCUUAUGAACAGGAUGGAUCACAUGACAGAAGUGACAUUGAGUCAGAACACUCUGCUGAAUGCCUUAAAUAAUCCAAAAAGAAUAUCUGCUCUACAAUCUAGAAUAUCUCCACAGCAAACUAGAAUAUCUCCACAUCAGACUAUGAGAAUAUCACACUUGCAAAGUCUCAAUGCCAAAGGAAGCCAGUCAAGUAUUUAUUCAAGCCAAAAUGUUUCACAGAGAUCACACAGGGGAAGCAAUUGCUCAUAGACAACAUGAUCAAGUUACAGGCUUCCUGAUGUUGUGAUUAUGAUGAGCCAACUUUGUAUGAAUGGUGUGCGGCUUCUGAAGCAUCUGGGUUAGUUACAAGAAGUUUGGUGAUACAACUUAAUUUCCAUUUCAAUAAAUGCAACAAUUGUCAUCUUAUUUCAGAGACAACCACAUCAGUUCUAAUGGUACAUUUGGGCACAUACGCAUUGUGAACUGUCCAAUGUAAUAUAUAGCAUAAUAUAUGUGCAAUGACACAUUGUAAGCAAAAGAUAACAGAACAUGUGUUUUAUGAGAAGCAUUGUUCUCCAAUAUUCAUUUGUCUUCCUUUUGUAAUGGGAAUUCUGCAAUGGCUUCCAUAUUGGUUAGUGUUAUUAUAGCCAAUGAAUAAAAUUCAAGUAAUAUAUUUGAGUGUUUCUUUAGCUCUCAUAGGAUUUCUUUUCCAAAAGUCAAAAUGAGAAUUUAAAAAUAUAUUAACUUUGAAUGAAAUUUUUGUAUUGUGGUAUGUAAGUGAAGCAACAGAUACAGAACAAAUCUUUACAGACUACUGUUUUAUACAAGAAACUGCCUCAUCAUGUAGUAAAUGGUGUUAAAAUGUUAAAUAUAUUGGCUGAAGAGCCACCAAAUGAUAUCUAGACUAUUGGUAUUUAAUUUGUUUUAGUGCUGUCUUUGAUGGCAGGCUGGUAUGUGCCUUCUCAUAUUUUUUGUAACCUACAGUGACACUUUAUACACAGCUGUGUUUUCAUGGUUAAAUUAGUAAAAAUUCAAGAGACAGUAUAUAUUUUAAUCCAGGGAAAAGCAAAUGAAAGAUACAAAUGUACAAAUGCAUAACAUCACCCACGUCUGAUGAGGGUACCUGCAGUGGGAACACCCCUGAUCACAGGCUGUUCACACAAACUUCCAUAAUGGGAAAAUCUAAGGCAAUCCAUUGGUGGACUUGCUUUUAUCCAACUUUCGCUAUAAAAGUGAACUGUGAUUGCUACUGCUGCUUACUUGGACCAUUUUGGACUUGUGGUAUAAUGCUUUGGUCUGAUGAGUGUGUGGCUUGCACCACCACAAGAGUUAAGUGGAACUUAAUAUUAUUAUUUCAAUGUGUGUCCAUAAUAAAGUAGUAGUGCUUGCACUUAGAUCAAUUUUAGUCAGGUGUUGUUGCAUAUUUGUUUCUA